AUGACCCAGAAUCUAUCUCUCAACACCACCUGGGAGAGCCCGAACCCUUCCAAUUCCUCAAGCUUGCAGGAAAAUCCUUUGACCAACCAGGACAUCACCUAUGUGGACUUCUACCUCCACAAGCCGUCCGUGGUCGCGGUCUUCACCGUCUCCUACCUGCUCAUCUUUGUGGUGUGCAUGGUGGGAAACGGGGUGGUGUGUUUCAUUGUGCUGCGCAGCAAGAACAUGCGCACAGUCACUAACCUGUUCAUCCUCAACCUCGCCAUCAGCGACCUGCUAGUUGGCAUCUUUUGCAUGCCGACCACUCUGGUGGACAACAUCAUAACAGGGUGGCCAUUUGGCAGCAUUGUGUGUAAGCUAAGUGGGAUGGUUCAAGGGAUAUCUGUGUCAGCAUCUGUGUUCACUCUAGUGGCAAUAGCUGUUGACAGGUUCCGCUGCAUUGUCUACCCUUUCAAGCAAAAGCUGACCAUCGCCACCUCGAAGCUUAUUAUCGUCAUCAUAUGGGUCCUGGCCGUGUCCAUCAUGUGUCCCUCGGGGGUCAUGCUCCAGGUCACAAAGGAGCAGAGGGUGAGGAUAGUCCUCAGCCGCAACAACGACACCCGCCCCUUCUACUGGUGCAGGGAAAACUGGCCCAAUCAGGAGAUGCGCAAAGUCUACACCACCGUCCUCUUUGCUAACAUCUACCUCGCUCCUCUCAGCCUCAUAGUCAUCAUGUACGCACGCAUCGGCGUCACCCUCUUCAAGACCACUAUUCCUCCGAUGAGGGGCAGUGGAAUUGUGUCUGCAGGAGGCAGUGGCAACAACAAAUUGAGCAUGGAAGGUCGUCAAAUGAUUUCAAGGAAAAAGAAGAGGGUGAUAAUGAUGCUGCUGAUCGUGGCUCUGCUCUUCAUCCUCUCCUGGCUGCCCCUGUGGACACUGAUGAUGCUGAGUGACUAUGCUAGCCUGACAGAGCACCAGUACCGUGUCAUUAAUAUCUAUGUUUAUCCCUUAGCUCACUGGUUGGCCUUCUUCAACAGCAGUGUCAACCCCAUCAUUUACGGGUUCUUCAAUGAGAACUUUCGCCGAGGCUUUCAGGCGGCUUUCAAAUUCCAGCUGUGCUCCGUCGACAUCGCUCAGAGGACCUUCUCCCAUCGGAUCAGGGGGAAUGCUGUGCUCCCGGUCCAGCCUGCCGAAAUCAGCAGAUCAGUGCUAGUGGGGAAUGGGAAGUGCUCGUGUCAGGAUGGGGGGUGUUUGGCUAGUAGAGGUGACAUCAAAGAACAGGACCUGAUCAUGGAAGAUCUGGAAAAGGUGUCCCAGAUUUAGAGAGACUGACACUGUGCAGCACAGAGACACUUUAAGAGGUUUCUGGAGAAUUGUUUAUCGGAUUUGAAAAACAAUGGGAAAAGAGGCCU